AUGGCCAAGGUUCCGGAACUCAAUAUUCCCGCUUCGACAUCUACCGUCGACGUCUCUAUCUUGAAUACCACCGGCACAAUCCUUGGUCUCAGUCUUAGUAACUUCGUCGAGCCCAAGGUCGAGGGCCAUGACUAUAUCGCGGCACCCUGUUAUGCUUUCUUGAUCCAGCAUCCUGUUUCCAAACGGACCCUUGUGUUCGAUCUCGGCAUCCGAAAGGACCUCUGGAACCUGCCUCAGAAAACGCAAGACCUGUACAACUCCAUGGGAGUGACCAUAACCGUGCCGAAGGGUGUCCGCGAAAUACUAGACGAGCAGGGCGUCGACACCAAGAACAUCGAAGCGGUGGUUUGGUCCCACUCGCACUUCGACCACACCGGAAACCCAUCCACUUUCGAGCCGAGCACCGCGCUGAUCGUUGGUCCGGGAACUUCCAAGGCUGCCUUCCCGGGAUAUCCCGCCAACCCAGAUAACCCAUACAUCCUCGAGUCCGACUACACGGGCCGCGAGGUGAAAGAACUCGACUUUUCCAAGUCCAACCUGAAGAUCGGGAAGUUUUCGGCCAUCGAUUAUUUCGGAGAUGGCUCGCUGUACUUCCUCGACACCCCGGGGCAUUGCAUCGGCCACAUCUGCGGCUUCGCGCGGGUAACCAGCAACCCGGACAGCUUCAUCCUGAUGGGCGGAGACGGGGUACACUACGACGGCCAGCUGCGGCCUAGCCACUGGCACCCCCUGCCGGACUCCAUCUCGCCGCACCCGUUCGAUCCCGCAGCCCCCCAAACCUGUCCCGGCGAGCUAUUCCACAAGGUGCUCCGCGACGGCAAAGAAGAGCCGAUCUACCUCGCGGCAGACAGCCCGGCCCACGCAGACGUGGUGCAGACCCGAGCGACGAUCAAGGGGCUGCAGGAGUUCGACGCGCACGACAACAUUUUUGUUGUCCCCGCUCACGACCAGUUCCUCCUGAACGUCAUCGACUUCUUCCCCAAACCCGCCAACAAGUUCCUGGAGAAGGGCUGGGUGAAGAAGGCCCGGUGGAUGUUUUUGGCGGACUUCGCCAAAGCCGUGGGGCGGGAGGCGAAAGUAGAGAUUGUUGGUGAUUAUCGUCCGAUCCCUAAGGAGGAAUACAAAGGAUUCAUAGGGAAAUAA